AUGGCUAACUCCAAGUCAAAUCAAAACCCCUUCUCUGCUUUCCUAAUGAUCUUCAUCUUUUUCCUCUUGCUAAUUACCAGUGUGAAAUCAGACUCACUUUCUUUCAGCUUCCCAACUUUUGAGCCAGGUCUUAGAAAUAUCAUUGUCGACGGCGAUGCCAAUAUAACAAAUGGAAUAUUACAACUCACUAAAAAGGACCCAAUACCUAAACACAGUGUUGGUCUAGCUGGAUUCUUUGGAGCAGUUCAUCUCUCAGACAAAAGAACAGGGAAAAUCGCAGAGUUCACCACUGAGUUCUCGUUUAUUGUGAACCCUUUAGGUUUACGAUUUCAUGGCGAUGGGUUCACCUUCUUUAUAGCAUCACUCGAUUUUGAGUUUCCAGACAAUUCAAGUGGUGGGUUCCUUGGACUUUUCAAUGAAGAAACAGCAUUCAACACCUCCAAAAACCAAAUUGUUGCUGUUGAGUUUGAUGGCUUUCAAAAUGAAUGGGACCCCACAAACCCAAAUCCUCCUCAUAUAGGAAUCAACAUUAAUUCCAUUAGGUCCGUGGCAACUACGCCGUGGCCAAUCGAUAUGACACAAGGAGCAAUAGGACAGGCCCGUAUAACGUAUAGUUUUGCCUCCAAACUACUUAGCGUCUCUGUAACAUAUGGUGGUUAUAAAGUGGUACCUGAUGUAUCAUACCCCGUUGAUUUUGCGGCUCUUCUGUCGGAAUGGGUCCUAGUCGGUUUCUCUGCUUCCACCGGGGACUUGGUUGAAACACAUGACAUUCUAUCCUGGUCCUUUGCUUCGUCUUUGUAG